AUGUCUGGCGAUGUGCAGAUGGCGUCCCCUGAGCCGCCAACUGCUCUCAAGGCAUGGGCUCCCCCGCACGAGCUCCCACGUCAGCAGAUGCUGCCUGACCGCCUUACGACGUCAACGGACAUUGCCCACGCGCUUGGCAAGGAGUCGGAUCCCACGCGCAUGGGUAUCUUCCUGUGUCUCAUUGACGAACGCCCCCACCUGCACCCCUCUCUCCAGGCCCUCCACGCACACCGCGCGCGAGCCCAUGGACGCCCUGCUCCCGAUCCCACGCGAGAGCCGUCAGGUCAGAGGUUAGAGUGGACAGCGUGGAAGCUCUCGCCCGAGGAGGAGGCGCGGCGGGCAGCGUGGCUUCCCCAUCCAUGAGGCAGCCUAACGCUCUAACGUCACAGGUGAUAAGGACGCAAGCUCGACUCGACAGCGCGACUCAACCAGACCAGUCUUGACUCGACUCGGCAUAUGCCGGCAUGUUGUAUCCUUCUCUCGCAUUUGUGGUUGACUAUUGCAUAUGAGUGCAUGCGUCUUGAGUGCUGCACUCACGUCCUGGCCACUGACUGCUAGGUGUUCCCAGAAUGUAAUCAGCCCCAGUGGCUAAUUAAAAUAGUAAUGCAAUAGUAUUAUGACACCGUCAUCGAACGAAAUGUAG